GCGGAUAACAUUACGUUGUUGUAGUUCUUGGAGUCAGAGCGGCACGGCACACACACCAGACACCAGAUAAAAGACAACAUUGAAAGCUGAAUACAAAAAAAAAGAAAGAAAAUCUAUCUGCAGCAGCAGAAAAAAGUAUUGAAAAUUUGAAAAUUCGGCAAGAAAAGUUGGAAAAGAAAACAAAAAAACAAGAACAAAAACAACGGCAGAACAAGCGGAAAAGGAGAAUCCAAGGUAAACAACAACGAAGGCCUUCGGAGCGAUAAAAAGGCACUUUUUCGCAUUUUUUGGAGCUUGAAAAAUCAAUCGGCAAUGGAAUGACCAAAGCUCACAGAGUUGGCCCCCAGGAAGAUGCUGCCGCAGCCGGCGGCAGCAGCAGCAGCAAGAGCAGCAGCCACAACCCUAGUAGCAACAUCAGCAUCUGCCACAUCAGCUAGGAAUGGCCAGCGACGUCGCGUGGCAGCAGCAACAGACGGUUGCAACGGCAACAGCAGCCGCACCACCUGCAACACCAGCAACAACAACAACAACAACAGCAGCGCUAAAAUCAAAAACAACAACAGCAAAUCCAGCAAUAGAUUAAGUCAAAUGCAUUCCAACGAAGAGCCGCCCAUGACGGUGAUCGUCGAUUCUGGUGGCGGAAACGCCACUUCGUCCGGAAGUGGCCACCGUUUGCGGAAAACCAGUUCCUCCAGUGCCAAUGCGAAUGCGUCUGGGUCUGGGAAAACCAUGCCAGCCAGGUCGCAUCGUCAGUCCUCGAAUGCCUCAGGAUCGGCAGACUCCAGGCGACGCUACCAGGGAAAGGAUCGCCAGGAUCGUCAUGAUCGUCACGAUCGUCAGGAUCGCCAGGAUCGCCAGGAUCGCCACGAUCGCCACGAUCGCCACGAUCGUCUCGGGCAGGUGCCUCGCCGGCGGACCGGACGUCGUCACAGUGGCGCCUCUUCGCUCAGCGAUGCCACCGCUGCCGCCGCGUCAGCCUCAGGACAUGGCCAUGGUCAUGGACGCAGCCGCAGCCGAAGUCGUAGUCGCAGCGGCGCCAUUAGCUCCUCCACCGCAUCCAGCUGCAAUGGCAGCUGCAGCUCCGACGAUGGCGACUCCACGCACACCUCGGACUCCAGCUCGUCGAGCUCAUCCGGCGAACCGAAUCUUCCCUAUCCGGGCUUCCCCGAGAUCUCCAUGAAGGCGCUGACGCAGUAUACCCGGCCGCGCAACUGGUGCCUGAUGCUCAUCACCAAUCCAUGGUUCGAGCGCGUCUCCAUCCUGGUCAUCCUGCUCAACUGCAUCACCCUGGGCAUGUACCAGCCCUGCGUCGACGAUGCUUGUGUGACGAACCGCUGCAAAAUCCUACAGAUCUUCGACGACAUCAUCUUUGCCUUCUUUGCCCUGGAAAUGACCAUCAAAAUGGUGGCCAUGGGCAUGUGCGGCAAGAACACGUACCUGGCCGACUCCUGGAACCGCCUGGACUUCUUCAUUGUCCUGGCCGGCCUCCUGGAGUACGUGAUGCAUGUGGAGAACCUCAAUCUGACCGCCAUCCGGACGAUACGUGUGCUGCGUCCCCUGAGGGCCAUCAAUCGCAUACCCAGCAUGAGAAUCCUGGUGAUGCUGCUGCUGGACACCCUGCCCAUGCUGGGCAAUGUCCUGCUGCUGUGCUUCUUCGUGUUCUUCAUCUUUGGUAUCAUCGGCGUGCAGCUGUGGGAGGGCAUCCUGCGGCAGCGCUGCACCAUGGAGCGUCCCGAUGGCCUGGUCUAUCCCAUCACCGUGUCGCAGUACUACGAAUUCUCCAAGGAUCAGGACUACAUCUGCUCCACGCCCAAUGACUCGGGAAUGCAUCUCUGUGGCAACUUUCCGCCAUACCGAAUCGGCUCAAUGGUCUGCAAUGAGGAGGCCAAGCUGUUUGACUUGAACGAGCCGACGAACACGUCCUGCGUCAACUGGAACCAGUACUACACCAUCUGUAUGCCGAAGGGCGAGAAUCCCUUUCAGGGAACGAUAUCGUUCGAUAACAUUGGCAUGGCCUGGGUGGCCAUAUUUCUGGUCAUCUCACUGGAGGGCUGGACGGACAUAAUGUAUUACGUGCAGGAUGCGCACAGCUUUUGGGAUUGGAUCUACUUUGUGCUGCUGAUUGUGAUUGGUUCGUUUUUCAUGAUCAACCUGUGCCUGGUCGUCAUUGCCACGCAAUUCUCGGAGACCAAGAAGCGUGAGAUGGAACGGAUGCGGCAGGAGCGGGCCCGUUACACCUCCACAUCGACCUUGGCCAGCAGCACGAAUAACUCGGAACCGGCCACCUGCUAUGCGGAGAUCGUGAAAUACAUUGCUCACCUGUGGCGGCGCUUCAAGAGACGAAUGUUAAAGAAGUACAGAUUAUAUAAGUACCAGCGACAGCAGCGCAAGGAGGGCCUUCUACCCAAUGCCGACAAUUUGACCUUUUCGCCUUCGCGGAUCAAGUGCCAUCAUCCCAAGUGCCCCAAGUACAGUAAUCGCAAGCCGUCCAGCAUUCAGGAUCAGAUGAUUACCGUUAUGGUGCCCCUAAAUUCGGCCAGCAGCCACAACAACAACAAUAACAACAACAAUAAUAGCAAUCACAAUGGCCACAACAACAAUGGCAGCAACAACAACAACAGUGGGCCCAGCUGUACCACAGUGGCGCUGGUUAACGGUAUCAAUGGUAGUGCAGCCAGUGUGACCAUGUCCUCGGCCCACCACCAACAGCAUCUGCAGCAGCAUCAGCAGCAGCAGCAGCAACAGCAGCAGUUGCAUUCCUCCUCGGACAACACAGAGCAAUCGCUGGCCCCCGAUGGAGCGCUACCUCGGAGCAGCUCCCUGAAGAAAUCCAGCUCGGCCUCCACCUCGGCCCACCACCAGCUGAAGCCGGAGGGCAGUGCUGCCGAGCAGAAGACCAUCUUGCUCAAGUUCCCACAGCAAAUGAUCGAUUCGGAUCAGUUAAUUAACCAUCCGUGCACCUCGGGCUUCCUCAGUCCGCCCACCUCGGCCAGUCGCCGACCUUCGGUGAUGUUCAACGAGUAUGUGCUCCUGCACACGCCGCCUGCCCUCAAUGCAGAUCCGGCGGUGACAGCGGUGGGCAGUGGGUCCUCCGCUGGAGCGGCUACCACAGUGGCCACUGUGGCUGGAACGGCGGCAGCUGCAGCGGCAGCUGCAGCGGCAGCAGCGGCGGCGGCUUCGAGUGCCACCGGAAGCGGCAGCCACAGCAACCAAAAUGGAGCCAAUGGGGGAGCAGCCAGCGGAGGCGCAACAAGCGCCAGCGGAGCUGCAGAUAAAAGCAACAACAUCUUCUCCACGGAGAAAAUGACUCAGGCCGGCGAUGGUAGCAUCUGGCAGGUGAAUCUACCCCAGACCAUUGGCACCAUCGCUAAUCCCUAUGCCGAUUGCUCUGAGUUGGGCAUUCACGAUGCCAUGACUUGCCAGGAGCUAUUGGCCUUCUCCGUGGCCUUCUCGGCGGCCUUGCCCACGGGCCAGAGCACUCUUGAGUCCUUCUACACAUCCCUGGCCCGCUGUGACCCACACACAGCGGAAGCAUUAAAGGCACACCACAAGCCACGACCUCUAACGGCUGGCCAAAACCAGGGCCAGUCUCCUGCUGAAGCUGGAGUGGUGGCCACCACGGGAGCCAGCGAACCCGCUCAGACCCUGGAACCCGCCACCGUGUCGGCUGUGGUGGUGCCUGGGGAAAGUCAGACCGGUAACCACCGGCGCAAGGAGCACCAUCACCAGCAGCACCAGCAGCAGUCGCAUGGCUCCCACCACCAUCACAAUAAUAACAACACCACCAGCCACAGUCGGAACGCCGGGGGCAGUCGGGCAAGGCAGUCCCGUGGCCGUGAUAGCCAUGCCCCCACCGGGAACUACAUGGAGGACUAUGCCUGCUGCUAUGAUCUCUACCAGAACGCUCUGUCGCCGCUGGACGAGCGCGGGCAGCGUCACAGGUCGCCGACAACGCGUUGCCUGAUCGCCGUGUAUCGUUGCUUGUCACGGGUCUGCAGCUGGGUGAGACGCUACAUCCGGCGGCUGGUGGAGCACAAAUACUUCCAGCAGGGCAUCCUGCUGGCCAUCCUGAUCAACACCCUGUCCAUGGGCAUUGAGUAUCAUAACCAGCCGCCGGAGCUAACCGCCAUCGUGGAGACGAGCAAUGUGGUCUUUUCUGGCAUCUUUGCCGUGGAAAUGUUGCUCAAGGUGGUGGCCGAGGGUCCGUUCCGUUACAUAGCCAAUGGGUUUAAUGUCUUUGAUGGAAUCAUUGUGAUCCUUAGCGCCAUUGAGAUAUGCCAGCAGUUUGUGGGCAAUGGAACUGGAGGCGGUGGCUCUGGUCUGUCCGUGCUAAGGACCUUCCGGCUGUUGCGCAUCCUCAAGCUGGUCCGUUUUAUGCCCAACCUGCGGCGCCAGCUGUUUGUGAUGCUGCGCACCAUGGACAAUGUGGCUGUGUUCUUCUCCCUGCUCGUCCUGUUUAUCUUUAUAUUCAGUAUACUCGGCAUGAAUCUGUUCGGAUGUAAAUUCUGCGAGAAAGUUAACGGAGAGAUGAUUUGCGAUCGUAAGAAUUUCGACAGCCUGCUCUGGGCGCUCGUCACAGUGUUCCAGAUUCUAACGCAAGAGGAUUGGAACGUCGUGCUGUUCAACGGAAUGGAAAAGACAAGUCAUUGGGCCGCAUUGUACUUUGUGGCCCUAAUGACAUUCGGCAAUUAUGUGCUCUUUAAUUUAUUGGUGGCCAUUUUGGUUGAGGGAUUCAGUUCAGAGCGAAAUGAACGUCGCGAGCGCGAACAGCGCGAGUUGGUUAAGAAACUGCGCGAGGAGACGCUGGCCGAGAACUACAGCGAUGGUAUGUACGAUGAGUCCCGGAGCGAGGCCGACUCCUCGACCACCAAUGACAGUUACUACGAGGUGCGCAACCGCUGGCGCUCGGCGGAGGAUGUGCGCAAGCUGCAGGAUUCCGCGGAGCUAAUCAUCGAGGCCAAGAGCAAUGUGCACCGCCAGCGCCUGCUGCAGCCCAGCCAGGAUUAUCAGAUCAACGAGCUGCCCGCCUCGUCUGCCACGCCCCCGGCCGCCUCAGCCGGCGAAAGGGAGCGGGACAGAGAUCGCGAUCGAGAUCGAGAGGCGGGCGGCAAGCUGGGCCCGCUGGAGGAUGGUGCUCAUGGAAAGCCACGUGGCGGCCUCAAAAAGACAUACUCCAUCAAGGAGCGACGCAGCGAGCCGGGUGGAUCGCGUCUCUCCAAAAUGCGGCUGGUAAGGGAUCCGCCCAUCAUAACCACCACGGCGGCCACGCCGCAGGACUCGCCCAGCACCACCCUAGAGCCGGGCAUGAGUUUCCGCCAGUGGGGGGACAUGGAGCCCCAACCGCCACCGUCUCCUUCGCUGCUGAGACCUCCCAACAUCUUUAGCGGCGGCCAGCGUAGUCUGGACGAGGGCAUACCCUCCAUCGAUCUCAUCCCGCCCUCGCCGGUGCUGGCCCACAAGCCCCUGAAUAUCCUAAAUGCCAGCCAGCUGGGCAUGGGCAUGGGCAUGGGUAUGAGCACCGGAGCCGGAGGCAGUGGAGCCUGCAGCACGGCCAGCAUGCAUAGCGUGAUCAUAGACGACAUCUCCAAGAGCUCCAGCUCAACGGCGGCCGCCACGCCCAUCUACGUGCCCACCAUUUCGUCCACAGCGGAGGCGCAGAGUCUCAACGAUGUGAGUGUGGGUCCAAGUCCCAGUGGGGCAUCAACCAGUGGCAGUUCCUCCAGCGAGCGUUUACCACUGGCUCCGCCACCAGCUGCCACCCCACAGCAGCUGGCCAGUGGCAGUGGCAGCUUCAAGCAGCGCUUCCGAAAAGGCAGCUCCAAGAAGCGUAGAACCCAGACCAGUACGUCCUCGGCCCUCGAGGAGGGUCAGGCCCAGAUGCAGGAGGAGGACGAGGAGCAACAGCAGCAUCCCCAUCCCCAUCCCCAACCCCAUCAUCAUCAUCUGAACAAUGGCAGCGCCAAGGAGACCAAUCGCCUGAGUCCCCAAAACUCCAUCAGGCGGCUGUCCAACACGCUGAGCAUUGGCAGCGGACCUGCCUAUGGAGCGGGCAGCCGGCGAGCCUCGGCCUGCAUCUUCAACUCGCAGGUGUACCAGAAUCUAAACCAGCCGCCCAAGCUGAGACCCGGUUCGGGACAGCGCCGGAUGAGCUCCAUUGAGCUGGCGUUCAGCAAGACAUCGCACUUGAACCUGCACAAUCUGGAGGCCAACCGGAAGUCGCUGUCGUACACGAACUCCAAGAUGGACCUGGACAAGUGGAACAAGUCGUAUGGCAAUCUCAACGAUCCGGACAACAUGCUGCAGCAGUACAUGGAGGCGCGGGACAAGCGCAAGAACUCCAUCAGUCACUACAACCUCAAGAAGCGGCUCGAGGAGAAGGAGCUGCAGCAGCUGCAGCAGCUCCACCAGCAGCAGCUGCUCCAGCAACGGCAGGACUCCUUCUCCUCGGCAAGUCCGCAGCAACAGCAGCAGCAGCAUUCCGGUGGCCACCGCUUGUCCAAGGAUCUGCAGCAGCAGCAGCAGCAGCUGGCGAUGCAGCCACAUUCCAUUUCCAUGGUGCCACAUGGCGGCGAGCGAGUCUCGAAGCUGAGGAUGCUCAUCGAGCAGCUCACGCCCAAGCACUUUACCACCGAGCGCGAGGACUACUCGCUCUACAUAUUCCCCGAGGACAAUAGGUUCCGGCAAAUCUGUACGUGGUUCGUCAACCAGAAGUGGUUCGACAAUGUGGUCCUGCUCUUUAUAGCGCUCAACUGCAUCACCUUGGCAAUGGAAAGACCAAACAUCCCUCCAACCAGCACCGAAAGAUUGUUCCUGGCCACAGCCAAUUACGUGUUCACCGUUGUCUUUACCGUCGAAAUGUUUAUCAAGGUAGUGGCCACUGGCAUGUUUUAUGGCCACGAUGCCUACUUCACCUCCGGCUGGAAUAUCAUGGACGGAUCUUUGGUUACCAUUUCCAUAAUUGAUUUGUUAAUGUCCCUGAUUAGCGAAUCGAGUCCGAGGAUAUUUGGGAUUUUAAGGGUGUUUCGACUACUCCGAUCCUUGCGGCCGCUGCGGGUGAUCAACCGCGCCCCGGGUCUGAAACUAGUCGUGCAAACGCUCUUAUCGUCCCUGCGUCCCAUCGGCAACAUCGUCCUGAUCUGCUGCACCUUCUUCAUCAUCUUCGGCAUCCUGGGCGUGCAGCUGUUCAAGGGCACCUUCUACUACUGCGAGGGCGAGAACAUCAAGGGCGUGCGCAACGCGGACGAGUGCCGCCGGAUACCGGGCAACGUUUGGACAAACCGGAAGUACAACUUUGACGAUCUGGGCAAGGCUUUGAUGUCCUUGUUUGUCUUGAGCUCCCGCGAUGGCUGGGUGAACAUCAUGUACACUGGACUCGAUGCCGUUGGCGUUGACCAACAACCGAUUGUCAACUACAACGAGUGGCGGCUACUGUACUUCAUUGCCUUCAUCCUGCUGGUGGGCUUCUUCGUGCUCAACAUGUUCGUGGGCGUGGUGGUGGAGAACUUCCAUCGGUGUCGCGAGGAGCAGGAGAAGGAGGAGAAGAUCCGGCGGGCGGCCAAGCGGGCGCUGCAAAUGGAAAAGAAGCGCCGCCGGAUGCAUGAACCUCCCUACUACACCAACUACACGCCCACCCGGAUGUUUGUCCACAAUGUGGUCACCUCCAAGUACUUUGAUCUGGCCAUUGCCGCCGUCAUUGGGCUGAAUGUGGUCACCAUGGCCAUGGAAUACUACCGGAUGCCCAAUCCCCUGAAGUACGCCCUGAAGAUCUUCAACUACUUUUUCACGGCGGUGUUCAUACUGGAGGCCAACAUGAAGCUGGUGGCUCUCGGCUGGAAGCUGUACCUCAAGGAUCGCUGGAACCAGCUGGACGUGGGCAUUGUCCUGCUCUCCAUUGUGGGCAUCGUCCUCGAGGAGCUGGAGACCAAGAUUAUACCGAUCAACCCCACCAUCAUUCGGGUGAUGCGUGUGAUGCGCAUUGCCCGUGUCCUCAAGCUGCUGAAGAUGGCCAAGGGCAUAAGGGCUCUGCUGGAUACCGUGAUGCAGGCAUUGCCCCAGGUGGGCAAUCUGGGGCUGCUGUUCUUCCUGCUAUUCUUCAUAUUUGCUGCUUUGGGCGUGGAGCUAUUUGGGCGACUCGAGUGCUCCGAUGAGAUACCCUGCCAGGGGCUGGGCGAGCACGCGCACUUCGCCAACUUUGGCAUGGCUUUCCUCACAUUGUUUCGCGUAGCGACUGGCGACAAUUGGAACGGCAUCAUGAAGGACACGCUGAGGGAUAAUUGCGAUGACGCGGCCGAUUGUGUACGCAAUUGCUGCGUCAGCUCGGUUAUUGCUCCCAUAUUCUUUGUGAUAUUCGUGCUAAUGGCGCAAUUCGUUUUGGUGAACGUCGUCGUGGCUGUACUGAUGAAACACCUCGAGGAGAGCCACAAGCAAAUGGAAGAUGAGCUCGAUAUGGAGGUGGAGCUCGAGCGCGAGCUGGUGCGCGAACAGGAGUUCGCCCAAGAGCAGAAGCUGUGCCAGCAGCUGGCGGAGGCGCAAUCAAAGGCGGCCGCUCCACCGCGUCCCCUUGCCAAGGUCAAGUCGCUGCCCAAGAACUUUAUCUACAGUACCCCAUCGCUGGAUAAAAAGUUUCCAGCAAAUCCCAGCUCGAGUUUGACCAGCUCGGCGGCCACGAAUCUUAACCAGGCAGCGUCGGGAGCGACUAUUCCUGGCACAGGAAUGGGAACGGGAGCGGGAGCGGGAGCUGGAGCUGGAGGCCGUCGCCAAACCGUUCAAUAUUUCAACCAGCCACAGACUGUCCUCGGCCUGAGUCUGGCCGAGAUGGGCGGCACGCUGACGCCUCAGGCGCUCGGCGCCCGGUUGGGUGAGCCCUUCGGCGGUUCAGCGACGGCAACGGGAGGUGGAACGGGUGAUCUGCCGGCUGGUGGCAGUGCCGGCCUCCCAUUACCGCCGCUGGAUAAUCGCCGCCGCGGGCGUCGCGCCUCCGCGGCCGCCGGCUUCCGUAAGCGCGGCGUGCUGUCCAAGGAGCGCUCGCUGGACGAGCAGGCCAUCCGACGACGCAACCUGGAGGCCAAGCGCACCAGCUGCGACUCGCUGCCCUGGGGCGGAGACGCCCUCGACUAUAGGCGCGGCACCAUCUUCGAGAGCCUCGAGUCGUCGGAGGGCGGUGUGCAGUCGUCGGCGGUGCCCUAUGACAUCCGGAGCGUGCGCAGCGCGGAUGUGGGCCAUAUGGACAACACCUCGGAGAGCGAAACCCUGGCUGUGGUUAGCUCGCUGGUGGCCACGCCGGUCACACCGCUGCCGCUGCCACUGCCACCGACCCAGCCCACGCCUCCACCGAUGGCCAUAACAAUGCCCAUGGAGCUGUCGCUACCAUCGCCGAUGCCCAUGCCAAUGCCCAUGCCCAUGGCUAUGCCCCUGGCCCCACGACGACCCUUUGGCUGGUCGCAGUCCGUCGAUCAGGGCUGCAUGAGGAGCAGCCUGCUCCUGUCCGUGCCCCGGUCCAUGCCGCCGCGCAGCCGCAGCGGCAGCACCAAGCAGCUCUUCAAGCAGCAGGCCCUCGACGAGGACGCCGACAUGGACGAGAGCUCGCUGCUGCUGCCAGCUCAGGCAGGAUCUGCAGGUUCGGGAUCCGUUUCUGUGUCCGUUUCCGGUUCCGGUUCGGUGGCUGCUGCCACUUCGUUGGACAUGGGCAACGAUGCCAAGCCGCCGGCGGAUGUGUCCGGCCUGAGCAAGUCGGACUCGGCGGACAUUUUGCGGAUCAUCAGCGAGCGGCGGCGCAUGGACCAGCGGGAGCAGCAGGACAACGAGGCGGAGGACAGGGACAGUGACUACAAGGAGCUGCUGUUGGUCAAGUCGCCGCAGUCCUCCAUGGACUAGAUCCUAGAUAUAUAUAUCCUUGCAACCUAUAAAUAUGUAUGUAACGUAUGUAAUCCGGGACGAAGGUCACCUUAGUCCUGGAUUCCACCUCCCAACACACACACACACACACACACACAUUAGGAGAAUACUUUAGGAGGCUUUCAGGAGGAGGAAAUUUACCACUAAAACGAUAGGCAAUAGAUGAUAAACGAUAAGCGAUAACGAUCGCAGAGCAUGCAAAGAAGUAAAAACAAAUGUAAUGUUUAAUCGAUAGCAAAUACAACUUAAAACGGUAAACGAUAAAUGGUAAAAAGUAUUCUUAGCCAAAAAAAUAUAAAUGAAAGAGUUGUAAAAGUAAAAGAGAAAGUAAAAGUAAAAGAAAACGUAAGAAAAACGAAAAGUAAACAUUAAAGUAAACGUAAAAGUAAAAGCGAUAAUUGGUAAAAACUAUUCUUAGCCAAAAAAAAAUAUAAAAUAAAAUAAAAAGAAAGAGUUGUAAAAGUAAAAGAAAACAUAAGAAAAAGCAAAAAGUUAA